GAUGAAGUGGAAGAAUUGACAGUAAGGUGGAGGAUCAUGCCAUUGUGGCUGGUACUGGGUGGGAGAGGGGUUGACGCGUGUCUUGUGCUUACAGGCGGGAGUAGCUGUGGCAGCGAUGGAGAUGGGUCUCAGCAGCGAGAGCCUGGCUGACUUCCAGUGCCCUGCAUGUGGCCGUUGCUUCGCCCGCCACUGGCAUCUCAAGCGUCACUUGGCCACACACUUGGCCAUCAAACCUUUCCGAUGUCCAUACUGCCCUCAUGCUGCCAAUAUUAAGGACAACCUGAAGCUUCAUAUCCGCAAGAUUCACCCUGGAGAGCCCAUAUCUGGGGAGCGAGGCCGCCCAGACCAAUAAAGUGUGUUAGUUGA